AUGUCGAGUUCAAAGGAAUCAACUACUACUGAAAAACAACGUACAAAUACUGAUUCUUCAUUAUCAGAUAAAUCAAUAAUGGAAACAAAACAGCAGCAGCAGCAGCAGCAACAACAAUCACAAUCAAGUGAGGGACAAAAUCCAAAUUCAUAUUAUAGACAAACUGUUGAAGCAGUUGCAGAAGAGUUUCAUACAAAUAUUCAAGAUGGUUUAGGUGUUCAUGAAGUAGAUCAGAGACUAGAAACUUAUGGUGCAAAUACUUUAGGUGAAGGUGAUAAAAUUUCAUAUACAAAAAUCUUAGCUCAUCAAGUUUUCAAUGCAAUGAUAUUAGUUUUAAUAAUUUCUAUGAUUAUUGCACUUGCUAUACAAGAUUGGAUUUCAGGUGGUGUUAUUGCAUUUGUAGUUGGAAUAAACAUUUCAGUUGGUUUUGUUCAAGAAGUUAAAGCUGAAAAGACAAUGGGGUCAUUACGUAAUUUAUCUUCUCCAACCGCAAGAGUUACAAGGAAUGGUGAUGAUAUAACUGUUCCAGCAGAACAAGUAGUCCCAGGUGAUAUUGUUCAUAUUAAAGUUGGUGAUACCGUACCAGCUGAUUUAAGAUUAUUUGAUUGCAUGAAUUUAGAAACUGAUGAAGCUUUAUUAACUGGUGAAUCAUUACCAGUUCAAAAAGAUGCAACUGUUGUAUAUGAUGAUUAUUCCGUUCCUAUCCCAGUAGGUGACAGAUUGAAUUUAGUUUAUUCUUCAUCAGUUGUUUCAAAGGGAAGAGGUACUGGUAUUGCAUAUGGAACUGGAUUAAAUACAGAAAUUGGUCAAAUUGCUAGUUCAUUAAGAGGAAACGAUGGAUUAAUUAAAAGAGUUGAUAAAUCAAACGGUAAACCAAAAAAGAGAGAAUAUGGUAAAGCAUUCUUGGGUACUUGUUAUAAUAUCAUUGGAAAUGUUUUAGGUACAAAUGUUGGUACUCCUUUGCAAAGAAAAUUAUCAUGGUUAGCUAUUUUUUUGUUUUGGGUUGCAGUUGUAUUUGCAAUUGUUGUUAUGGGAUCUCAAAGAAUGAUCGUAAACAAGGAAGUUGCAAUUUAUGCUAUUUGUGUUGCAUUAUCAAUGAUUCCAUCUGCAUUAAUUGUUGUUUUAACUAUUACAAUGGCUGUUGGAGCUCAAGUUAUGGUAUCAAAACAUGUUAUUGUUCGUAAAUUAGAUUCAUUAGAAGCUUUAGGUGGUAUUAAUGAUAUUUGUUCAGAUAAAACAGGUACUUUAACUCAAGGUAAAAUGAUUGCUAAAAAAGUUUGGAUUCCAAAUGUUGGUACUUUAGAAGUUCAAAACUCAAAUGAACCAUAUAACCCAACUGUUGGUGUCGUUAGAUAUGCUCCAUAUUCUCCUUACUUUAUAAAAGAAACGGAUGAAGAAGUUGACUUUAAUAAGCCGGUUCCAGAACCAAUGCCAGAAUCAAUUCGUAAUUGGUUAAUGACCGCUACUUUAGCUAAUAUUGCAACAGUAAACCAAAGUAAAGAUGAGGACUCUGGAGAAUUAAUUUGGAAAGCUCAUGGUGAUGCCACAGAAAUUGCUAUUCAAGUUUUUACAACAAGAAUUGGGUUCGGUAGAGAAUCAUUAGUUGAUGGAUUUGAACAUCUUGCUGAAUUUCCAUUUGAUUCAUCUAUUAAAAGAAUGUCUGCUAUUUAUAAGGAUAAAGAAUCUGGAGAAACUAGAGUUUAUACAAAAGGUGCAGUUGAAAGAAUUUUAACAUUAUGUGAUACAUGGUAUGGUGAAGGUUCAAAAGAUUCACAAACUUUACAAGAAUUAACCGAGUCAGAUAUUAAAUUAAUUGAAGAAAAUAUGGCUGCUUUAUCAUCACAAGGUUUAAGAGUUUUAGCAUUUGCAACAAGAACUAUAGAUUCAGAUUUUGAUGAAAGAGAAAAAGUUGAAAAAAAUUUAACUUUCCAAGGUUUAAUUGGUAUUUAUGAUCCUCCAAGAGAAGAAACAGCUGGUUCAGUUAAAUUAUGUCACAAAGCAGGUAUUAAUGUUCAUAUGUUAACAGGUGAUCACCCAGGAACUGCAAAGGCAAUUGCUCAAGAAGUUGGUAUUAUUCCAAGUAAUUUAUAUCAUUAUAGUGAAGAUGUUGUUAAAGUUAUGGUUAUGACAGCAAAUGAAUUUGAUGCAUUAUCAGAUGAAGAAAUUGAUAAUUUACCUGUUUUACCAUUAGUUAUUGCUCGUUGUGCUCCACAAACCAAAGUUCGUAUGAUUGAUGCAUUACAUAGAAGAAAAAAAUUUGCAGCAAUGACUGGUGAUGGUGUUAAUGAUUCACCAUCUUUAAAGAAAGCAGAUGUUGGUAUUGCUAUGGGUCUUAAUGGUUCUGAUGUUGCAAAAGAUGCUUCAGAUAUUGUUUUAACUGAUGAUAAUUUCGCUUCUAUUCUAAAUGCUAUUGAAGAAGGUAGAAGAAUGUCUGCAAAUAUUCAAAAAUUCGUUUUACAAUUAUUAGCUGAAAAUGUUGCUCAAGCUUUUUAUUUAAUGAUUGGGUUAGCAUUUAUGGAUGAAACUGGAUUUUCAGUUUUCCCAUUAUCUCCAGUUGAAGUUUUAUGGAUCUUAGUUAUUACUUCAUGUUUCCCAGCUAUGGGUUUAGGUCAAGAAAAAGCAAGUGAUGAUAUUUUGGAAAAACCUCCAAAUAAUUCAAUUUUCACAUGGGAAGUUAUUAUUGAUAUGAUUGUUUAUGGUUUUUGGAUGGCUUGUUCAUGUUUACUUUGUUUCGUUGUUAUUGUUUAUGGUCGUGGUGAUGGUGAUUUAGGUUAUAAUUGUAAUUCAAUGAAUGCAGAAUUAGAUGUUUGUAAAUUGGUUUUCCAAGGUAGAGCAGCUUCAUUUGCUAAUAUGACUUGGUGUGCAUUGAUCUUAGCUUGGGAAUGUAUUCAUCCUUACAACUCAUUGUUUUAUAUGAGACAAGAUACUGAUAAUCCAUGGUGGAAACAAACUGCAAUUGAUCUUUGGGACAAUCAAUUUUUAUUUUGGUCAAUUGUUGGAGGAUUUGUCUCUGUCUUCCCAGUCAUCUAUAUUCCUGUCAUCAAUACUAAAGUUUUCCUCCACUACAAUGUGGGAAUUGAAAUCUUGAUUGCCCUUGCUUGUACGGUGAUGUUCUUGUUGGGAGCUGAAGCUUGGAAAUGGAUUAAAAGAGUUUAUUUUAGAAAAUCUCAAGUUAAAAAUCCAGAAUAUGAAUUAGAAAGAAACGAUCCAUUCCAAAGAUAUGCAUCAUUCUCAAGAUCAGGAACAAUGGAUAAACAAAGAAUCAUGGUUUAA